GUCGCGUUCGGUUCGUAUAGUAGUAAUAGAAAAACGAUUUACGCAAGCGCUCCGACGAAAAACAAAAGCUCGGCGACGGUGGCGACGCUCAACUAAAACUAAAACGAGUAAAAAUCGAAGUUGUUAAGAGAGGAAGGUGGAAAAGCGUGUUUUAAUUGGUCCGGUUAUCGAUCUCAAUUUGGCUCCGUUUAAUCAUCGGGCGGUUAAAAAGAAAGAAAAAUAAAAGAAGAUAACGUAAAAGAAGAAAUAAGUUUUUAAGUUUUAGUUAGAUCCAUUUAAAAAAAAUCAAAAUCGUGUUGUGAAUAUAAUAUAAGAACUCUGCAAUAAAAUAACAAGUGAAAGACAAAAACAUUUUUAAUUCUUGAAGACGAAAAGAGAUUAAAAAAGCCAGCCAAAAAAAGGAGAAUCCUUAUGUUAGUGUUUCGAAAAGAAAAAGGUGGGUGUGGAGAACUUCUGUCAUUAUGGUAACACUUAUGCCGUGCAAUUAUUUGAAUCAGAAUUCGGCGAGAUGUGCGAUCAUCGACAAAAUGUGCGAGCCAAAGGUAAAAAGGGCGAGAACUGACGCAACACCAGAUUCAACAGAAAGAGACAGUAGACUUUCGGGUGGAGAUACAGCUUGUAGUCCUCAAAGUGGACAUUCCUCGUCUACUUGCGGUUCACCUCCUGUGUCAUCCGUUACGACGGCACAAGGAAUCGUUGAUAGUUUAUCAACACCCACGGCAACGUCUUGCGUUACUUCUACACAUUUACCAACGACUUGGUCACUUCUCUCAGAUACAUCCGGUGUAAAAAGCGAAAUUCGAAGCCCGGGACUUGCCGAAACUGAAAUCACAGCCCUAUCACAAGAAACAUCAACGUUUUACACAUCCCCCGUCGAUUUAGGAAGCGUUUACGAUAAAGAUUACUCGCAACCGUAUUCAGCACAACACUAUUACAACACAAUGCAACAAGCUUACGGAUCAACUAAUACGGCAGCGGCGGCAUCCUACAUGAAUUCAUCGACGUUUUAUAAUACACCUUCGUAUCCGUAUACUCCCUUAGGGCCAAGCAGGGCUCCAAUUAACCCCGCUUGUAAAGCAACUAGUUCCGGUUACUUAUCCUCACCUUAUUCAUCACCCGCGUCACCAUUUCAAGCGAGUGGACACGCACAAAGUGGUCAAUAUUCAGCUUAUACAAGUUAUAGUGCCGCUGGGACAUCGUCAUUUGCACAAGGUUUUUCAACACAGGGUGUGGAUUACGGAAGUUAUGGAGCUUAUACAACUGAUACACAAACGAGUCAGUAUCCAACAAGUUAUUACACGCCUCAAGGGUAUUCUCCUUACGUGAGCUCGCCUAGUUCAACGGGAAGCAUUGGAACGUCAAGUUAUCAAUUAGCUACAAGUUCACUGCCAGAAAGUCCAUCAAAUGGAUUAACAUUGGUUGAUGGACCUCAUUCCCCGCUAAAAGUAGAUAAUUCACGACGAUCACGAGAUUCUGCGGGUAGUAUUAACACGGAACCUAGAGCACCGAGGGGACGAGGACGAAGAACAAACACUGUGUCACCUACAACCGCCGAAUCUACAACAGACCGUGUAUUUAUAUGGGAUUUAGACGAAACAAUUAUCAUCUUUCAUAGUUUAUUAACUGGUAGUUACGCUACAAAAUUUCAAAAGGAUCAUCAAAAUGUUGUACAACUUGGAUUUAGAAUGGAAGAAAUGGUGUUUAAUAUGGCUGAUACGCAUUUUUUCUUCAAUGACAUUGAGGACUGUGAUCAAGUUCAUAUUGAUGACGUUUCAUCGGACGAUAAUGGUCAAGAUUUGACGAAUUAUAAUUUUGCUAAUGAUGGAUUUCAAACUUCUACAGCAACAACCGGAAAUUUAUGUUUAGCAACAGGUGUUCGUGGAGGUGUUGAUUGGAUGAGGAAAUUAGCGUUUCGAUAUCGAAAAAUUAAAGAUACUUACAAUAAUUAUAGAAAUAGUGUUGGUGGUUUAUUGGGGCCAUCAAAACGAGAACAAUGGCUUCAAUUAAGAGCAGAAAUCGAAUCAAUAACAGAUAAUUGGUUAACAUUAGCGAAUAAAUGUUUAACACUGAUUAAUUCAAGAAGUAAUUGCGUAAAUGUUUUGGUUACAACAACUCAAUUAGUCCCAGCGCUUGCUAAAGUUUUAUUAUUUGGUUUAGGAGGUGUUUUUCCUAUUGAAAAUAUUUAUUCAGCAACUAAAAUUGGUAAAGAAAGUUGUUUUGAAAGAAUCGUGGCUAGAUUUGGUCGAAAAUGUACUUACGUAGUAAUUGGUGAUGGUCAAGAUGAAGAGGCAGCAGCAAAAUCCCAAAAUUUCCCAUUUUGGAGGAUUACGAGUCACAGCGAAAUCGGAGCACUUUAUAACGCCCUCGAUAUGGAUUUUCUAUGAUUAAUAAUAACAGAAAUGACGCUGAUAUAAGAAAAGAAAAUAAAAUAGAACUCACCGAUCCCAGUGAAUCCAAGAAAGGUUAAAAACUGAAAAAAGAAAAUAAACCUAUCGUGUACAUAUA